UCUGGCGCAACUGACUGACGGAACCGGGCAAACCGCCUGUUGCUUUUUUCCCUCACACUCCUCGUUACUGUCGACCAAGUUCAAGAGUAUAUUCUCGCCAGUGAACCAAAGGACUAUAUUUUUCAGUGAAACACGAUGAUGCCAAGAGGAAGAAACUCUACUGACGCUUUGACUGGCACAAAUUCUACUCCUGGCGAAGACAUUAGUGUUGAAAAUCAAGACAAUCCACAGUACUGGGCCUUCAUGGAGUGUUUCGAAACUGUGUAUUCCAAGCCUUAUCCUCAAGAUGGUCAGGUGUAUUGUAACAGGACAUUCGAUGGCUGGGGAUGUUGGAAUGACACACUGGCAGGAACAACGGCCUUUAUCCCCUGUCCCUCCGACGUUGUUCCAUACUUUGACCCAAACCUGAUGGCCUCUAAGUACUGCACAGAGAAUGGUACCUGGUGGAGACAUCCUGCUUCGAACAACCCCUGGUCUAACUACUCAGAAUGCGUCAAUCACACAGAGCUAGAGAGCAGUACUCGGACUCUGUACGUGUACAUCAUCGGUUAUUCCAUCUCCGUGGUCACUCUGCUCAUCUCCCUCUGCAUAUUUUUCUACUUCAGACAGUUGCAAUGCGAAAGGAUAACAUUACAUCGAAACCUGUUCCUGUCGUACACGUCUUGCGCCUUGGUCUGGAUCCUGUAUUACUCCGUGGUGUCCUUCAACGUGUCAGUCCUCCAGGCGAACUCUGUCUGGUGCCGUGGCCUUAGCUUACUGGCGCAGUAUUUUACUGCGAGCAACUUCUUCUGGAUGUUUUGUGAAGGAUUUUACCUCCAUACAAAACUCGUUUUUGCCUUCACGUCAGGACAAAAACUACUUAUUAUUUGUCGUUUGAUUGGUUGGGUUUUUCCGGUCAUUUUAGCUUUGAUUUACGGCGUGACGAGAUCUAUGUCAGACACGGAAAUUAACAGACAAAGUUGCUGGAUGACACACAGUCCGUUACAGUGGAUAAUAAUUGCACCAAUCGUUAUCAGUUUAGUGUUAAAUGUUGCUUUCCUGUGUAACAUUGUACGGUUGUUGGUCACAAAAUUACGCGCCUUAAACUCUACGGAUGCCAAAUCAAACCAAGCGACUCGGGCUACACUGAUUCUGAUUCCGUUGCUUGGUGUACAGUUCGUGUUUUUCCCGAUUCGUUCCUCAAAGGACAGUCCCAUUUCGGAAUAUUUACGUCAUACUCUCGGCGCUAAUUAUAUCUUUACAGGGUUUCUUUGUGGCCACAAUAUACUGUUUUUCAACAGUGAGGUUUUGUCUGUACUGAGGCGGAAAUGGCACCAACGACAGCUGAUGAAAGGCCGCAGAGACACGGGCACUAUGUGGACUAUAUCAUACACCCACUGCGAGGAUAGGGCCUCCACCGCUACAACAACAACUACGGACAUGCGCAGAUCGUCAAGCAGUGUCGCUAGCCGCUUAGACACAAGUUAUAAAGCCAAUGGCGUCAAGAACUCAGAGACGAGGCACAUGUUAUCAGAAGUGGACGGCGAAUGACCAGACAAAACAAGCACAAAUACGGUGUAUAAAUGUUUGUGUUCCCAAUGUGACGUCAUCUCAUUGUAACCAGGUGUGGUUGGGAGAGAUCGAUCGGUAGACCCGUGCAGUCUGAAUUCCGGUUCCGUUAGCUCACAUUCCGUUAUGCGCAUGUCUUCAAUGUGUAACGAUAAAACAGCCAAGGUUUGGCAGGCAUUCACUGAUUAUUUCACCAGUGUUUCAUGAACAACAAAAGUGUCGUACAUUGCAGAUGACCCACUGAUAGAGACUACGUUAUUAGGAAGGUGGACAAAAGCUGACCUAGGGGUAUGACGUCAGUUGUCUCGUUUUAAAAAUAUCCAAACUAUCCAGGAUGUUGUGAAAUAGCAUACUAAGCAUUUUUCACAGACUGUCAAACUUUUUGUGGAGCUGUGAUGCCAGGAGAUAUAAGAGGUACUUGUAUUUUGUGAAGGGCCGUCACUACAGCCAUACGAAAGUAGUGCUAAUAUACACCGUAAGAACUUUCUCUCCUCAUGUACCUUAAAACAUUUGCUGGUAUAAAAAUGUAAAUCUUGGAUCUGAAAUAAAGAUUA